CAGGCCUGGCUGUGGAGGCCGAUGGUGCUCUGCUGGUGGCGGACCGCGGCAAUGCGCGGCUGAUGCGCAUCAGGGAAGGAUCGGAGCCGGAGCAGCUGCUGGGUCGUGAGUUGCUGGAGCGACCGUGGGGCCUAGCGAUCGACCAGGAUGGUGGGAUUUUUCUGUCGGAUGAGCGGCGGGGCAUUGUUUUGAGGCUCUUGCCCUCCGGCGCCCCUGCACCGGCCAAUGCCAAGCCGGCGGCGGCGCCUGUGAAAACCCCUGCCCCAACACCUGCGCCAACGGCCGCAGCACCAGCAGUUGAGGCUCCAACUACAGGGGGUUACCCACAGGUGGUGAAACCUGCCGCCUUCCAACCCCCAUCCAGGGUAGCAUCCUCAGCCCCAGCCCCUGCAGCUGCGACACCAACAGCUGCGACACCAACAGCUGCGACACCAGCUGCACCCAAGGCUGCGGUGUUCCAACCUCCCGAACGCCCCAGGGCGGCAGAAAAGGCCACGGUGCCAGCUGGGGAACCACCCAAGCUGCAACCGAAGGAGGAAGCGCAGCCGAAGGCAGCUGUGACCCAUGUUGCGAAGGACCCCUUGGGUUUGGACGACCUGGACUGAUUCGGUUGAGAUGUGAAUUCAGAGGCAGCCGCGCAUAGGUUUCACAGCUCCGCUUCUGAGCCUAAGGAGUUGGAUCACGAAAAUUUGAUGUCGGGUAGUGGAGCUUCA